AUGGCUUCGAAAGAAAAUGAGACCGGGGCAAGUUUCACCCAUGAGGAGCUGCCAUCAAAAUCUAUAGCGAAGGACAGUCAUUUUGAAGCUAAAGAGGCAAAGGAUCUUUACACGGCUGAUUUGGGGGUCGAAAUUGACCCAGCUACAGAUAGACAGCUGUUCUGGAAAAUAUCUGGUCGCAUUCUGGUCAUUCAAGUGAUUACCUAUUUUCUUCAGUCUUUGGACAAGGGUAUCCUGAAUUAUGCCUCGAUCAUGGGCAUCAAGACUGAUGCACACCUUGUGGGCCAAGAUUACUCAUGGCUAGGGACAAUCCUCUACAUUGGUAUUCUUGUCGGUGAAUAUCCGCAAAACUUCCUUCUCCAGAAGCUUCCUUUGGCAAAGACUCUUGCUGUCAAUGUUUUUAUAUGGGGAGCCGUCGUGGCUUGUUCCGCCGCAUCAACACGUUUUGGGUCGCUCAUGGCAGUUCGAUUCCUUUUGGGCUUCUUUGAAAGCUGUAUUCAACCGGCCAUGAUGUUACUCACGUCAAUGUGGUAUAAACGAGAGGAGCAGUCUUUGUUGAAUUCGAUCUGGUACUGUAUGUCUGGGGUUCAAUUGAUGAUUGGCGGACUCAUAGGUUUUGGAGUUGCUAAUUACACUGAUGGGCCAAUCAAAAAUUGGCAACUCAUGUUCUUGGUCCUUGGUCUGGCCACCUGCGUCUGGUCAUUUUUCAUCGGAGCCUUCCUUCCCGAUAGCCCUAUAUCGGCGAAGUGCUUUAGUGAGGAGGAAAAGAAGCUGAUGAUAGAACGAGUACGACAUAAUGAGACUGGAAUCGAGAACAGAGAGUACAAAAAGGAACAAAUACUCGAGGCCCUCAAAGACCCCUUUGUUUGGUGUUGCGUCAUGCUCAUCGCGGUCGCUAAUUUGAUUAUUGGUGGCCUCGGUGUCUUCUCCAACUUGAUUAUCAAACAAUUCGGGUUCUCAACCCUUCAGACUACCCUCCUGAACAUUGCUCAGGGGGCCUGGACCAUCAUUGUAAUGAUCGGAUCCGCAUGGGCGUCACAAAGGUUCCAGCAAACGUGCUUUACAAUGGUUAUAUGGGCCAUCCCAGCAAUUGUUGGCACAAUUGUUAUUCUGGUCGUGACUCCAACAGCUUCUAACGCAGGCGGGAUGCUUAUCGCCUUUUACUGUACGCAAUUCUUCUGCGCAGAAGGCAACAUGAUCAUCUCCCUUGUCACACGAAACAUUGGUGGCCAAACCAAAAAGGGAGUCACAAUGACUAUGGUCUUCAUUGGAUGGGCCGUAGGCAACCUCAUUGCGCCCCAGAUAUUCCAGAAUUCCGACGCACCUCGAUAUCUGCAUGGAUUCGUAGCUCAUAUUGUGAUUUACGCGGUCUUCGUUGCCCUUGUUUUCUUGACGCGAGUGAUACUUAUGGCAAGAAACCGAUCAAAGGAACAAGGCUCGAGCGAGAUCUCUCAUGAGCUGGCGUUUGAGGAUCUGACUGAUCAGGAGAACCCUAACUUCCGCUAUGUUUAUUAG